AUGACACAAUUCCUGAAGGAGACAUUCACCACGUGGACCAGCGACCGUUCCCACCAGAAGCCUGAUGCCAAUUCUAUUACCACAGGUAAGCUGGUGAAGAGUCGCGCAUACAAGCACCUACGCUCUACUCUGCUUGUGCAGACCGCAAACGUGCACCGUCGAGCUGGCGCCCAGGUCGGAAUGAGGGCGUCUAUCAAGAACGAUACGCAGGUCAAGUACGUUCACUUUGUGGAUGAGCAAGGCAGGUUUCUGCCACUGAUCUUCGACAUGACCUGGUUCCCAGGUUAUAAUGAGCGCCGUGCCUCUUUUGAGGCGUUUGCCGCAUUUGACAACUUUGAGCAUGACAAGGUGAACAAAUACAAACUCCGUGUCGCAAUGUUCAUUGCGCGCAAUCGAAUUACUAGCUGGGGAAAUGGCUUCCUCCCCACCUUCCGCCCAAUCAACGAGCCAUUUGAAUCCUUGACCCCCCUGAGCAAGAUUCGCUCAAAGGCGGCUGGAAUCCAGGGUGCCGCCAUGAGUGCGGCCUACCAAGACCUCGUGGCCACUCCUGGCUACACUCUAUACCCGGGAAUCCCGACAGAGGAUGUCCCCGUUCGGGCCGCCCCCGCCGACGGUGAUGACGAGAGCGACGCCGACGGUGUUGACGAGCGCAACGCCGACGGUGUUGAAGAGGGGAUGUGA